AUGGCCACCCGCCCACUCAUCAUCGGCCCUCCUACGGGGCCCGAAGCGCCCUACCCCCUGCAGAUGGAACGCAAAGUAAUCAGGGGCUUCGGGCGCGGCUCCGGGGAACUAGGCAUCCCCACUGCCAACCUCCCCGUUGACGACAACCUGAGACCAUGGAUCGCCGAGAUCACUUCCUGGGUGUACUUUGGCUGGGCAUCCCUGCGCUUGCCGUCAUCACAUCCGAACCAGCCAAUGGCAUCACCAGACACUACCACAACACCGGAGGCAAGCUCCAGGUUUAGCAUAUAUUCCAUGGUGAUGUCGAUCGGGUACAACCGGUUUUACAAGAACAAGGAGCAGUCGGCCGAGGUGCAUGUGCUCCACGAGUUCAAGGCUGACUUCUACGGCGUCGAGAUGCGGCUGCUCAUCACGGGGUUCAUCAGGGAGGAGAAAGACUACCCAGAGCUGAAAGCGCUAAUCGAGGACAUCACCGUGGACUGCGAUGUAGCGCGUAAGAACUUGGACCGCGAGGCUUGGGCAUUGUGGGAGAUGGGCAAGGGCACACUGGAUGGGAGUUGGUUGGCACGAGAAACACCAGAGCAGAAUAGGGUUGUGGUAUAA